UGGAUUUGAUUAAACAAACAUCCAAUCUCUCCAUCGAGUGCUACAAAUGGUUUUAAGAUCUUAUUUGAUCAAGCGGACGCUUCCCCAAUUCCCAAGUCUUCUAUAAACCAAAACCCAUUUAUAAGACCAGCUGUUGCUUUUCAAAGCAAGAAAAGAAAACCCUCCUCUCAACCCCUCUAUCUUCUCUCAAUUUCUUCACAAUCCCAUGAUUAAGAAUCUCAUGGUUUGACUGUACGUUUGCCCAUCAAUUAUGGAGGAAGAAUCAUCAUCAUCAAGAUCACUCCUCUUGGAGGAUUUUGGUCAGAAGGUGGAUCUUACCAGGAGAAUCAGAGAGGUUUUGUUGAAUUACCCUGAAGGGACUACGGUUCUAAAGGAACUGAUACAGAAUGCUGACGACGCCGGCGCCACCAAGGUCUGCCUUUGCUUAGACCGAAGGUCUCAUCCCACCACCUCCCUCUUGUCCCCUAAACUCGCCCAGUGGCAAGGCCCUGCUUUGUUAGCGUAUAACAAUGCUGUCUUCACUGAAGACGAUUUCGCUAGUAUUUCCAGGAUUGGUGGGAGUGGCAAGCAAAGUCAAGCUUGGAAGACUGGUCGUUUCGGGGUUGGCUUCAACUCAGUGUAUCAUCUGACUGAUUUGCCAUCUUUCGUCAGCGACAAAUAUGUAGUCCUGUUUGAUCCUCAGGGUGAUUUCCUUCCAAACAUUUCCACAUUAAAUCCUGGAAAAAGAAUAGAUUAUGUCACCUCAUCAGCCAUCUCUCGAUACCAAGAUCAGCUUUCUCCAUUCUGUGCCUUCGGUUGCAACAUGAAAACUUCUUUCCCUGGAACUAUAUUUCGUUUCCCUUUAAGAAACGAGUCUCAAGCAGCAAGUAGUAAGCUCUCAAAGCAAGCCUAUUUGCCAGAUGAUAUUUCUUCAAUGUUUGAACAGCUAUACGAGGAAGCAGUUUUCACACUUCUGUUCUUAAAGAGUGUAGUUUCUAUCGAGAUGUAUGUAUGGGAUACUGGGAUGUCUGAACCUAAAAAAACCUAUUCGUGUUCCAUUAGAUUGAAGGAUAAAGAUACGGUUUGGCAUAGACAGACACUUCUGAGAUUAUCCAAGUCUAUGACCUCUUCAGAUGAUAAAACUGAUGGAUUUUCUUUAGACUUCUUGAGUGAAGAUAUAAAUGGAGACAAGAGGGUGGAUACCUUUUACAUAGUGCAGACAAUGGCAUCAUCAUCUAGUAGAAUAGGUUCAUUUGCUAAAAGUAUGUCUAAAGAUUAUGACAUUCAUCUCCUACCUUGGGCAGCUGUAGCAGCUUGCAUCUCAGACAAUUCUUCCAGAGGUGAUGUUUUGAAAGAUGGUCGUGCAUUUUGUUUCCUGCCUUUACCUUUGAAAACUGGAAUGACAGUGCAAAUUAAUGGAUACUUUGAGGUGUCAUCAAACAGACGUGGCAUUUGGUAUGGUGCUGACAUGGACAGAAGUGGAAGAAUUCGGUCUCUUUGGAACAGGCUUCUUCUAGAAGACGUUGUUGCUUCUUCUUUUGUUAAGUUACUGCUUCAAGUCCAACAUAUGCUGGGUCCCACAAACUCGUAUUAUUCUUUAUGGCCUAUUGGUUCAUUCGAGGAGCCAUGGAGCAUUAUGGUGGAGCAUAUUUAUAAAAACAUUGGUGAUUCACGUGUCUUGCAUUCAGAUCUUAAUGGUGGGAAAUGGGUUUCAGUAAUGGAAGCUUUUCUUCAUGAUAAUGAGUUUUGUAAAAGUAAUGAACUUGGGAAAGCUCUUGUACAGCUAGGAUUGCCUAUUGUUCAUUUGCCUAUUGCCUUGAGGGACAUGCUUUUGAAAUUUGCAUCUAGUUUGAAAGUAGUCACUCCUGAUUCAGUAAGGAAUUUUUUAAGGAAAUCGAAAGGUGUUAAUAAAAUAAGCAGAGAUUUGAAGCUAGUGUUGUUGGAGUAUUGUCUUGAAGACUUGAUUGAUGAUGAUGUUGUUACACAUGCAUAUGAUCUACCUUUGGUUCCUUUAGCAAGUGGUGAAUUCGGGUCAUUUUCUGAAAAAGGGGUAUCUUAUUUUGUCUGCAAUGAAUUGGAAUACAAGCUCUUACAAAAGAUACCAGAUAGAGUAAUCGAUCAAAAUAUACCUGAAAACAUACUAACCAGACUUACAUCAAUUGCUAAGAUCCCUUCAGCAAACGUACUUCUUUUUGAUGUUAAUUCCUUUCUCCAGUUAUUCCCCAAAAUCAUCCCUGCUGAUUGGAAAUACAAAACUUCAGUUUCCUGGGAUCCAGAAUCAAACCCUAAUCAUCCUAGCUCAACAUGGUUUCAUCUAUUCUGGAAGUAUCUUCAUGGCAACUGUGGAAGCCUGUUGACUUUUGGUGAUUGGCCUAUUUUGCCCUCGGUUUCUGGUCAUCUUUACAGACCAUCAAGACAGGUGAAGCUGUUGAAUGUGGAUAAGUUGUCUGACAAGAUGAAGGGUAUACUCGGUAAAGUGGGGUGCAGGAUUCUUAACAGCAGCCAUGGUGUUGACCACCCUGAUUUGGUCAACUAUGUACGCGAAGCUGAUGGUGAUGGUGUCUUGAAGUCGAUCUUUGAUGUUGUCUCUUCAAAUGAUGACAUUAAACACGUUUUUCUUCAAACCCUAGAAGCUGUAGACAGGGACGAGCUUCGUCAUUUUUUUCUUGACCCAAAAUGGUAUAUUGGGAACAAUAUGUCUGAUACUGAAAGAAGGGCAUGUAUGAGACUUCCAAUCUUUAUGGUGUUUAGUGAGGAAGAAAACUAUAGCUACUCUGGAUUAGAAGAACAAAAGUUUUUACCUCCAUCUGAUUGCCACAAGUCCUUACUCUGUAAUGACUUUGUUAAAAGUUCAUCUGGCAUUGAAGAUGAAAUCUUGAAUAAAUACUAUGGGAUUGAGCGAAUAGGGAAGGCUAUAUUUUAUAAACGAUACGUGUUCAAUAAGGUUAAAGAAUUGGCACCCGAGUUUCGUGACAUCAUCAUGAUGUCAGUUUUACAGGAGUUACCACAUUUAUCCACUGAGGAUCCAACGAUUAAAGGGCAUUUAGCAAAUCUUGAGUUUGUUCCAACUGCUAGUGGUUCUUUGAAAUGUCCAACAGUGCUUUAUGAUCCUAGGAAUGAAGAAUUAUACGCAUUGUUGGAAGAUUCUGAUUGUUUCCCUCAUGGUGUUUUUGAGGAAUCUGGAAUUCUAGACAAGCUACAAGGUUUGGGUUUGAAAACAUCCGUGUCUCCUGAAGCUGUGAUACAAAGUGCACGCCAGGUGGAAUUGUUAAUGCAGAGUGAUCAACAAAGGGCUCAUUCUAGAGGAAAAGUUCUUCUUUCUUAUCUUGAAGUGAACGCAUUAAAAUGGUCACCUGAUGUUUCUGAACAAGGAACAAUGAACAGGAUGUUUUCACGAGCUGCAAGUGCAUUUAGGUCAAGAAAUCUAAAAUCUGAUUUGGAGAAGUUCUGGAUUGAUCUAAGACUGAUUUCAUGGUGUCCUGUUCUUGUUUCAUCUCCAUUUGAAUCAUUACCAUGGCCAAUAGUGUCAUCCAUGGUUGCACCUCCAAAACUUGUGAGACUUUUUUCAGAUCUAUGGCUUGUUUCAGCAAGUAUGAGGAUAUUAGAUGGAGAAUGUUCUUCAACUUCAUUAUCUCAUUACCUUGGGUGGUCAUCUCCUCCUUCAGGAAGUGUCAUUGCUGCACAGCUUCUAGAACUUGGAAAAAACAAUGAAACUGUAACAGAUCCUGUUCUUCGCCAAGAAUUGGCUUUAGCAAUGCCUAGGAUAUAUGCGAUUUUAAUGAACAUGUUGAAUACAGAUGAAAUGGAUAUUGUGAAGGCUGUUCUAGAAGGUUCUAGAUGGAUUUGGGUAGGUGAUGGAUUUGCAACACCAGAAGAAGUUGUGAUCUCUGGUUCUCUUCAUUUGGCUCCUUAUCUACGUGUCAUACCUGUUGAUUUAGCAGUUUUCAAAGCUUUAUUUCUAGAGCUUGGGAUUCGGGAGUUUUUAAAGCCGAAAGAUUAUGCUCAGAUUUUGGGGAGAAUGGCUAGAAUUAAAGGCUCAACUCCUUUAAAUUCACAGGAGCUUCGUGCAGCUUUACUAAUCUCACAACAUCUGGCUGAAGUUCAGUUGUAUGAAGAACAAAUCAAGAUCUUUUUACCAGAUGUUUCGUGUUUCUUGGUUGAUGCCACUGAUUUGGUAUACAAUGAUGCUCCAUGGUUGAUUGGUUCAGAAAACGAGGCCUCAUUUGGAAAUCCAUCAAUGGCACUGAAUAUGAAAAGAACUGUUCAUAAAUUUGUGCAUGGAAAUAUCUCGAAUGAUGUUGCAGAAAAGCUCGGUGUUCAUUCACUUAGGCGGAUGUUGCUUGCUGAAAGUGCUGAUUCCAUGAAUUUGAGUUUAUCUGGAGCUGCUGAAGCAUUUGGUCAACAUGAAGCUUUGACCACCAGACUUAAACAUAUUCUUGAAAUGUAUGCAGAUGGGCCUGGAACUCUGUUUGAGCUAGUGCAAAAUGCAGAAGAUGCAAAAGCUUCUGAGGUGGCGUUUCUUUUGGACAACACGCAUUACGGGACUUCAUCUGUUCUUUCACCCGAAAUGUCAGACUGGCAAGGGCCCGCUUUGUAUUGUUUCAAUGACUCGGUUUUCAGCCCACAAGAUUUGUAUGCAAUAUCAAGAAUUGGUCAAGAAAGUAAACUGGAAAAACCAUUUGCAAUUGGAAGAUUCGGUUUAGGGUUUAAUUGUGUUUAUCACUUCACUGACAUUCCAACUUUUGUAUCCGGGGAGAAUAUUGUCCUUUUUGAUCCUCAUGCAUGCUACUUACCUGGAAUAUCUCCUUCACAUCCGGGGUUAAGAAUUAAAUUUUCCGGAAGGAAAAUAUUGGAACAAUUUCCUGAUCAGUUUUCUCCAUUUCUUCAUUUCGGAUGUGACAUGCAGAACUCAUUUCCUGGAACACUCUUUCGGUUUCCAUUAAGAAAUGCUAAAGCUGCUUCAAAGAGUCAAAUUAAAAAAGAAGCAUACUCCCCUCAAGAUGUUACAUCACUAUUGACAUCUUUCUCAGAAGUUGUCUCAAAGACAUUGCUUUUUUUGAGAAACGUGAAGACUAUCUCCAUAUAUAUGAAAGAAGGAGUUGGUAGUGAGAUGCAGUUAGUUCAUAGAGUCCAUAAGGAUAGUAUUGGUGAACCUGAACGUGAAGCUGAAUCCAAUACGUUUCAGCUUAUGGUUAAUUUCAUGCAUGAACAUAAAGAAGGGUCAGAGAAGAAUCAUUUUUUUGAUAAAUUGAAAAGACCGAAUGACACGGGGUUGCCUUGGAAAAGUCAGAAGCUUUUGUUGACCGAGAAAAGUCAAUCCGAAGAAAAGUCAAAUGUAUGGUUGACUAGUGAAUGCUUUGAUGGUCGACAAAGUAAAAGAAACAACAAAUCUCAUAAGUCUAUUCCAUGGGCUUGUGUGGCAUCAUGUUUGAACAAUAUGGAAGUUGAAAAGACUUUUGAAGGGCAGGCGUUUUGUUUUCUACCACUUCCAAUAAAUACAGGUCUUCCUGUUCAUGUGAAUGCGUAUUUUGAACUAUCAUCUAAUCGAAGGGAUAUAUGGUUUGGGAAUGACAUGGCAGGUGGAGGGAAAAAACGGUCAGAUUGGAAUCUUUAUCUUCUAGAAGAAGUUGCAGCUCCAGCUUAUGGUCACUUACUUGAAAAACUCACAUCAGAAAUCAACAAUUCUGAUUCAUUCUAUUCCUUUUGGCCAACAACAGCAACAUCAGGACCUUGGGUGUCAAUGGUGGAAAAGCUUUACAAAUUUGUUUCCGAUUCCGGCCUUCGUGUGUUGUACACUAAAGCAAGAGGUGGUCAAUGGAUUCCAACCAAACAAGCCAUUUUCCCUGAUUUUACCUUUGACAAGUCAAACUUUCUUGUUGAUGCAUUAUCCAAUGCGGGAUUACCCAUGACAACAAUUCCUAAACCUCAUGUGGAAAAAUUCAUGGAGUUUUGUCCGACUUUGCAUUUUCUGACUCCUCAGUUACUAAGAACUUUGUUGGUUCGCCGGAAACGUGAAUUCCGGGAUAGGAAUGGAAUGAUCUUGGCACUUGAGUAUUGUUUGCUUGAUCUAACAACCCCAAUUCAAUCUGACAACUUUUAUGGUUUGCCACUUUUGCCCCUUUCAAAUGGUUUGUUUACAGUUUUUGAGAAGAGAGGAUCGAGUGAUAGAGUUUAUGUCACACGUGGUGAUGCUUAUAAUCUUUUGAAAGAUUCUGUUUCAAACCACCUUGUGGAUUCUGAAAUUCCGGAUGCUGUUUAUGAAAAGUUAUGUGAUAUGGCAAGAAGUGAAAGUUUCAAUGUUUCCUUUCUAAGUUGUCAUUUGCUUGAGAAGUUGUUUAUGAGGUUACUUCCAACAGAAUGGAUGCACAUGAAGGAGGUGAUGUGGGUCCCUGGGCAUCAAGGGCAACCUACUUUGGAAUGGAUGAGGUUGUUAUGGAAUUACCUAAAUUCAAAUUGUGAUGAUCUUUCUGUGUUUUGUAAAUGGCCGAUUUUACCAGUUGGAAACAAUCAUCUGUUACAGCUUGUGGAGAAUUCAUAUGUGAUUGAAGAUGAUGGGUGGAGUGAGAACAUGUCAUCAUUGUUGCUCAAAAUAGGGUGUCUGUUAUUGAGACAUGACAUUCAGUUAGAACACCCACAGUUGAACAAAUACGUGCAGUCUCCAUCAGCAAGUGGUGUUCUAAAUGCAUUAUCAGCAAUUUGUGAACCAGGGAAAAUAGGUGAUCUUUUUGAUAAUGCAUCAGAGGGCGAGUUGCAUGAGUUUAGAAGUUUCAUUCUUCAAUCCAAAUGGUUCUCUGGUGGCUUACUUAAUGCAUCACAUAUCAACAUCAUCAAACAGAUUCCAAUGUUUGAGUCCUUCAAGAGUAGAAAGCUGGUUUCUUUAACUAAACCUACUAAAUGGCUUAAACCAGAUGGCAUUCUAGAAGGUCUUUUGGAUGAUGACUUUAUUCGCAUUGAUUCAGAGAAAGAAAGAAAGUUAUUGAAAAAGUAUUUAGACAUCAGAGAACCUUCUCGAGUCCAAUUUUAUAAAGGCUAUGUGUUCAAUCGUAUUCCAGAACUUGUCUCUGAGCCUGAGAUUCUCUUGGCUAUUUUUGAUGAAAUUCGUGUUUUGAUUAAGGAAGAUAGCUCCUUCAAGAAAGAACUUAUGAUGACUCCCUUUGUCCUUACCAAUACUGGAUCUUUGCAAGAACCACAAAGGCUAUAUGAUCCUCGUAUACCCGAGCUGGAAAAAUUUCUGCACAAGGAUUUGUUCUUCCCUUCUGACAAAUUCUCUGAUCCUGAAACUUUGGAGAUGCUAGUUACCCUUGGACUAAAGCAAACCCUAGGCAUCCAGGGUUUGCUUGAUUCUGCUAAAUCGGUGUCUAUGUUGCAUGAUAAAAUGGAACCAGAGGCUGUUGUAAAUGGAAAGAGACUACUUGGUUGUUUAGAUGCAUUGGCACUCAAGUUUUCAACUGAGGAAGUGGAAUUCAGUUUUAAUGAGUUUGGGCCAGAUGAUGAAGCAGAUAACUACUCAAGAAACACUCCUGAAGCGUUUCAUGAAGAUUAUGUAGGCAAGCUGUUCGAUGAAAUGCCAGGAGACGAGUUUUGGUCUGAACUAAAAGCCAUCAGAUGGUGUCCUGUUUCUGUUGACCCACCUUUGACCGGACUUCCAUGGUUAGUGCCAGCUCAGCAAAUUGCAGCACCGGAUACUGUCAGACCUAAAUCACAGAUGUGGCUCGCUUCAUCCAUGAUGCAUGUACUUGAUGGUGAAUGUAAUUCCAUGUUUUUACAACGUAAGCUUGGGUGGACAGAUCGGUUACAUAUAAAAACUUUGACCAGUCAACUCAUUGGUCUAUCCAAAUCCUAUGCUGAAGUUAAGUCAGACCCUGAAUUUGAAGCUUCUCUACAAGAGCAUAUGCCAGUUCUUUACUCAAAUCUGCAAGAAUAUGUUGGCACUGAUGAGUUUGACCUUCUUAAAGCUUCUCUCAGUAAUGUUCCAUGGGUUUGGAUUGGAGAUGAUUUUGUAACUGUUGAAGCUCUUGCUUUUGAUUCGCCUGUAAAAUACAGUCCAUACUUGUAUGUUGUUCCAUCUGAAUUAUCUGUUUUCAGAGAUUUGCUUCUUGCUCUUGGAGUCCGGCUUUCUUUUGACCUUUUUGACUAUGCUCAUGUUCUACUUCGGUUACAAAAAGAUGUGAAAGGGUCGCCACUUUCAGAAGAUCAGUUGAGUUUUGUCCUUUGUGUUCUAGAAGCUGUUUCAGAUUGUCAAUCAGAGAGAUCAAUGUUUGAAUCUUCCAACACACCAUUGUUGGUGCCUGAUUCUCGAGGGCUUCUCAUGGCAGCAAGGGAUGUGAUGUAUAAUGAUGCACCUUGGUUGGACAAUAAUACCCCUCUGGGAAAACAUAUCAUACACUCGAGUAUCAGUCAUGAUCUGGCUAACAGGCUAGGGAUUCAAUCCCUUCGUUCCAUCUCUUUAGUCAGUGAGGAAAUGACAAAAGAUUUACCCUACUGCUGUAAAGCCAAAAAGCUUCAUAUAAUUUUUGACAAACGCCAACAUCCAUCACAAUCAUUGCUGCAACAAAAUUUAGGAGAUUUUCAAGGGCCUGCCAUUGUUGCUGUACUGGAAGGAGCAAGUUUGAGUAGAGAGGAAAUAUCUAGCCUCCAGUUUCUUCCUCCAUGGGGUUUAAGGGGUGACAUGCUUAAUUAUGGAUUAGGGUUAAUGAGCUGUUAUUCUAUAACUGAUCUUCCUUCAGUCGUCUCUGGUGGCUUUUUAUAUAUGUUUGAUCCUUGUGGUAAAGCUUUUACUCUACCUUCAUCAAGUCAUUCUCCAGCUGCAAAGAUGUUUACUUUGACAGGUACCAAUUUGACUGAGCGAUUCCGUGAUCAGUUUAGUCCCAUGUUUAUUGGUCAAAAAGUUCCAUGGUCAUCAGACUCUACAGUUAUACGAAUGCCUAUUUCAUCAAAGUUCAUUGAAGAUGGAACUGAGUCUGAGUGGACAGAAAUAAAACUGAUAUUUGAAAAUUUCAUUAAGCAUGCCUCUAGAACACUCGUAUUUCUGAAGUCUGUUUCUGAGGUGUCUUUAUCAACAUGGGAAGAAAAAGAGCCACAAUCUUCACAAGAUUUUUUAAUCUAUGUGGACUCAUCACAUGCAGCAUUAAGGAAUCCGUUCUCAGAAAAGAAAUGGAAGAAGUUCCAGCUAUCAAAUUUAUUUGGUACCUCAAGUUCUGCAGUCAAAUUACAUGUUGUAGAUAUAAAUUUGCAUCAAAAUGGAACAAUGGUGGUGGACAGGUGGCUUGUUGUACUUAGCUUAGGUUCUGGACAAACAAGAAACAUGGCUCUUGAUAGGCGAUACCUAGCUUAUAAUCUGACACCUGUCGCUGGAGUAGCUAUACACAUUUUAAGAAACGGACAUCUUUCUGAAGCACAAUCAUUUUACUCCAUCAUGUCCCCUCUCCCUCUCUCUGAUAGCAUCACUAUGCCUGUAACUGUCCUAGGUUGUUUCCUAGUACGCCACAACCGAGGUCGUUACCUUUUCAUGUAUCAAGAUUCAGAAUCACAACCAGAUGCAGGGAAUCAGCUGAUUGAAGCCUGGAAUCGGGAACUCAUGACAUGCGUCCGUGAUUCCUAUGUUAGAUUAGUGUUGGAAAUGUUUAAAAUAAGAAGAGAUCCAUCCACUUCAACAUUGGAAUCAAGAGCAACACACGCGAUUCACAUGGCAUUGAACGCAUGUGGCACUCAGAUAUAUUCGUUUUGGCCUACUUCUGAAGAUGCAAAUGGGACAAAAUCAAAAACCCUAAAAGCUGACUGGACUUGUGUGGUUGACCAAGUCAUCAGACCGUUUUACUCUCGCCUUGUUGACCUUCCUGUUUGGCAGCUUUACUCUGGGAAUUUAGUCAAAGCUGAAGAGGGGAUGUUUCUUUCACAGCCUGGAAGUCGAAUGGGUGGAAACAUAUUACCUGCAACUGUUUGUUCUUUUGUAAAAGAACAUCAUCCCGUUUUUUCAGUCCCAUGGAAACUCGUGUCUGAAAUUCAAGCAAUUGGGUUCAAUAUACGAGAAAUCAAACCGAAAAUGGUUCGUGAUCUUCUUAGAAUGUCUUCAACACCAAUUGCUAUUCCAUCAAUCGAUACUUACGUGGAUGUUCUUGAGUAUUGUUUGUCAGAUAUUCAGCUUCUUGACCCAUCUGAGGAUCCGGAUCACAAUUCAGGACCCGGACUGGAUCUGGGUCGGGCUCCGGGCCCAUCGGGUUCUACUUCACCUAACCCAGGUGACCCGAUAGAAACACUUGCGAGUUUAGGAAAGGCUUUGUUUGAUUUCGGGCGAGGGGUUGUUGAAGACAUGGGUCGGGGAACGGAAAGGUACAACACGGGCCUGGGCCUUGGUGGGCCCAUUAGAGGCCCGGACCGUAGGUUUGUAAAAGUAGCAUCUGAGCUUAAAGGGUUACCAUGUCCUACUGCAAUAAGUCAUCUUUCUAAAUUGGGUGUAACCGAGCUUUGGGUUGGAAACAAACAGCAGCAAUCGUUAAUGGCCCGUUUGGGUUCGAAAUUUGUUCAUCCGAAUAUUUUGGAAAGACCGAUUUUGGCCCAAAUCUUUACAAAUGAUAAUUUAUUAUCAUUACUUAAACUGAAAAUCUUUUCGCCUCGUUUGCUAGCUGAUAACAUGAGGUCACUUUUUCAUGAAAAUUGGGUGAAUCAUGUUAUCAACUCGAGUGUAGCUCCUUGGUUUUCAUGGGAAAAUACACGUGAAGGUGGGCCAGCUCCUGAUUGGAUAAAACUCUUUUGGAGAAGUUUUAGUAAUUCGGAAGAUCUACCUCUCUUCUCUCAAUGGCCACUAGUUCCUGUAUUUCUGGGUCGACCCGUUUUAUGCCGGGUCAAACAUUGUAAUCUGGUAUUCAUCCCGCCCCAGUUACCCAAUUCAGAAAAUCCGGAUCUUGAAGAUGAUGAUGUAGCAUGUUUGGAUUCGUUGCCUGAAGAGAUUCGGCCAUAUAUGUUGGCAUAUAAAGUCACUGAUAAAAAACACCCGUGGUUAUACUCUUUGCUUAACCAAUGCAACAUACCGAUAGUUGACACUGCUUUCAUGGAAUUUACUCCUCCACGCAACUAUUUUCCGGUGGCUGGAAUCUCAUUGGGCCAAGCCAUAGCCGCCAAGCUUGUCGCCGGAAAAGCCGCCGGUUAUCUCCCGGAGCUCACCUCCUUUCCACCUUCCGAUUGCAACAGCCUGUUCUCCCUAUUGGCUUCUGAUUUUUCAUCAAAUGGAUCCGAAUACACACAACAAGAUCUUGAAGUUCUUCGUGAUCUACCGAUUUACAAAACUGUUAUUGGAACAUACAGAAAGCUGAAUAUCCAGGAAACAUGUAUGAUCGGAUCAAAUACGUUUCUCAAACCGUACAACGAACAUUGCAUGUGGUACAACUCGGAGUCUUUCGAGAGUGGAUUGCUUCGAGCUCUUGGAGUGUCCGAGUUGCAAGAUAAACAGAUAUUGGUUAGAUUCGGGUUACCCGGUUUUGAAGAGAAGCCUCAUUCAGAACAGGAAGAUAUAUUGAUAUAUCUUUACAUGAAUUGGCAAGAACUCCAACAAGAUUCUUUAGUCAUUGAAGCAUUAAAAGAGACCAAAUUUGUAAGAAGUGCUGAUGAACAAUCGGGAGAUUUACACAAACCAAAAGACUUAUUUGACCCUGGUGAUUCGUUGCUAAAAUCGGUUUUUUCCAGUGAGGUUCAGAAGUUUCCAGGGGAGAGAUUUGUUUCAGAUGGAUGGCUUAAUGUGUUAAGAAAAACCGGGCUUCAAAACACGAGUGAUCCGGAUAUUGUUCUAGAAUGUGCUAGAAGAGUCGAGUUUCUUGGAGCUGAAAGUAUGAAACCUUCUGGAUUUGUUGAUGAUUUUGAGGAGGAUUUUUCAGACACAAGAAUGGAAGUUUCUUUAGAGAUUUGGUCAUUAGCCGAGACUCUAGUGAGUGCAAUAUUUGCUAAUUUUGCUGUUCUUUAUGGGAACAAUUUCUGCAAUACACUUGGAAAGAUUGCAUGCAUUCCUGCAGAAAAAGGGUUCCCUUCUAUAAGUGGAAAGAAAGGUGGUAAAAGAGUGCUGUGUUCUUACAGUGAAGCCCUUGUGUUGAAAGAUUGGCCCCUUGGAUGGAGUGUUGCUCCCAUUCUUUCCAAACAAAGUGUGGUUCCACCAGAGUAUGCCUGGGGAUCUCUUCAGCUGAAAACCCCUCCUCCUUUUACUACAGUUUUAAAACACCUUCAGGCUAUUGGAAGAAAUUUCGGUGAAGACACUCUGGCUCAUUGGCCUAAUGAAUCAGGUUUAAUAACUGUUGAGGAAGCUUCUUUUGAGGUUUUUAAGUAUCUUGACAAGAUUUGGGGGACACUGUCUUCCUCAGAUUUAUCAGAGUUGAAGCGAGUGGCAUUCAUUCCCGCUGCUAACGGGACCCGUUUAGUGACUUCAAGUUCUCUUUUUGCCCGUUUGACAAUAAACCUUUCACCAUUUGCAUUUGAACUUCCUUCACGUUACCUCCCAUUCGUGAAGAUUCUAAAAGAACUUGGACUUCAAGACACGUUAUCAAUCUCUUGUGCAAUGGAUCUUCUUUCAGAUCUUCAAAAAUCUUGUGGAUAUCAACGUCUGAAUCCAAAUGAACUCCGUGCAGUGAUGGAAAUACUACAUUUCCUCUGUAAUGAAACCAUAGAGCUCCAGAAAUCAGAUAGAUCUAAAUGGGAAUCAGAGCUGAUUGUCCCUGAUGAUGGCUGCAGACUCGUUCAUGCAAAUUCAUGCGUUUACAUCGAUCCAUACGGGUCCCGGUAUGUGAAGUAUAUCGAUUCUUCAAGGCUUAGAUUCGUUCACCAUGAUGUUUCAGAAAAGUUAUGUUUAGCAUUCAGCAUUCGAAAGCUUUCAGAUGUUGUUGUUGAGGAGCUUGAUCAAGUUGAAAACUUGCAUACCCUUGAAGAAAUCGGGUCCAUUUCAUUGGCAUCCAUCAGGAUAAAGCUGUUAAGCACAUCAUUUCAGGUUGCCAUAUUAAGUGUUCUCAACAGCGUACCUUUAACCACUUCCAAAACUCCAGAUUUGCAGACUUUACAACAAUCACUCGAAUCCAUUGCUAAAAGACUACAAUUCGUUCAAUCCAUCUACACACGUUUUUGGCUCCUUACAAAAUCCCAAGACAUCACACGUUCAUCAAAAGAUUCCAUAAUCCCAGAAUGGGAAUCCGGAUCCAGAUCCAGUCAUCGAUCACUUUACUAUGUUGACCGGUCAAACACCCGGUUACUAAUCGCGGACCCACCAAGUUACAUUUCAGUCCUUGACCUCGUUUCAAUUGUCGUGAGCCAUGUUUUAAGGUCUCCGGUCCCGCUUCCGAUCGCUUCCUUGUUUCUCUCUCCGGAAGGUUCCGAAACCGCACUUGUGAACAUCCUUAAACUUUCUUCCGAUGUAAGGGCGACAGGUGGUGUUGGUGGGUUUCUUGGGAGGGAGAUACUUCCACAAGAUGCAAUGCAGGUGCAGCUGCACCCAUUAAGACCUUUUUACAAAGGUGAGAUAGUGGCGUGGAGGAGUCAAAAUGGAGAAAAGUUGAAAUACGGGAAGAUUCCGGAAGAUGUAAGGCCAUCAGCAGGACAAGCACUUUAUAGAUUCAAUCUUGAAAUGUCUCCAGGGAAAUUGGAAGCUGUUCUUUCUUCACAUGUCUUCUCUUUCAGAAGUUUAUCAAUCGGGAACAAUAAUAAUAAUAUGAUCCAUGAAGAUAAUAGUAACAAUGUGGUUGAUACUACACAUAAGCAUGUUGAGAAACCAGAGAGUUCUAGUUCGAGGAAUCAGAAACAGAAACAACCGAUUAAAGAACUGGAACACGGGCGUGUGUCGCCUGAAGAGUUGGUACAAGCGGUACAAGAAAUGUUGUCAGCCGCCGGAAUCCGAAUGGACACAGAGAAGCAGUCGCUGCUCCAAACAACGUUGUCACUCCAAGAACGGUUGAAGGAAUCUCAAGCCACACUUUUGCUGGAACAGGAAAAAUCGGAUGUGGCGAUAAAAGAAGCAGACACAGCGAAAGCAGCAUGGCUAUGUAGAAUCUGUUUGAGUAACGAGAUUGAUAUCACUUUGGUUCCAUGUGGACACGUGUUAUGUCGUCGAUGCUCGUCUGCGGUUUCUCGGACAGUUCAUCUCACAACCAAUCGGUUGAAGGUCACCGCCGAUCACUACAUGGCAGGCGUCUCCAUCGCCGCAGAAUGGCAACUUCUCGGCGACAAGUACUACCGAAAACCAGAACUCUACCAAUUACGAUGGAAAAACAUCGAUCUUGCUCGAAACAAGGUCGCCUGCGCCCCAUUCGGUGGUCCAAUUGCCGUCAUUCGAGACGAAUCCAAGAUCGUCCAGCUCUACGCCGAAUCCGCCCUUCGUAAACUCCGAAUAUUCAACUCCUGCGGCCGCCAAAUCUCCGAGACUGUCUGGAGAAACCCCGGAGGACGUUUGAUCGGAUUGUCGUGGACCGAGGAGCAAGUAUUAGUCUGUGUGACACAAGAUGGCACCGUUUAUAGGUAUGACAUCCACUGUAAGAUAAUUGAAUCAAAUGUUAGCAUGGGUACGGAGUGUUUCGAACACAGUGUGGUUGAGUGUGUGUUUUGGGGCAAUGGGGUUGUGUGUAUCAAUGAGGCUUUCCAGUUGUUCUGUAUUCCUGAUUUGAAAAACCCUAAACCCUGUAAGCUCGCUGAUACGGGGUUAGAGGAAUUCCCCCUUUGUAUGGCGGUGAUUGAGCCGCAGUAUACUAUGUCCGGGAAUGUGGAGGUGUUGCUCGGAGUUGGAGAUCAUGUGUUGUUGGUAGAGGAAGAUGGAGUUCAGACUGUAGGUGAUGGAUUAGGAACUCUGCAGAAGAUGGUUAUUUCACAUAAUGGGAAAUUAAUGGCGUCAUUCACUCACGAUGGUCAGCUUCUUGUGAUGCCCACUGACUUCUCAAGCAUCAUCUUUGAGUACAGUUGCGAGUCUACCCUAGCUCCAGAGCAACUUGUUUGGUGUGGAAUGGACAGUGUGUUGCUGUAUUGGGAUGAUAUGCUUCUGAUGGUGGGCCCCUACGGAGAUCCAGUUCGCUAUCUUUAUGAUGAACCCAUUAUCCUUAUCCCAGAGUGUGAUGGAGCUAGGAUAUUGUCCAACUUAAACAUGGAGUUUCUUCAACGGGUCCCAGCUUCUACUGAAUCUAUCUUCAAGAUUGGGAGCACAGAACCAGCAGCUUUAUUGUAUGAUGCUUUGGAUCAUUUUGACAGGAGGAGUGCAAAGGCUGAUGAAAAUUUGAGGCUGAUAAAAACAUCGUUGCCUGAGGCUGUUGAAGCCUGUGUAGAUGCUGCAGGACAUGAGUUUGAUCCUUCACUACAACAGACACUACUGAGAGCUGCAAGCUAUGGGCAAGCGUUUUGUAGCCAAUUUCAACGUGAGAGCAUUCAGGAGAUGAGUAAAACACUGCGUGUUCUAAAUGCUGUUAGAAGCCCAGAAACAGGGAUUCCAUUAAGCAUACAUCAAUACAAGUUGCUUACACCAUCAGUUCUGAUUGGUCGAUUGGUUAAUGCCCACCAACAUCUCCUGGCACUCAGGAUAUCAGAUUACCUUGGAAUGAACCAAGAAGUGGUUAUCAUGCACUGGGCUUGUUCAAAGCUUACAGUAUCAUCAGCAGUUCCUGAUGUUACUCUCCUUGAAAUUUUACUUGACAAGUUAAAGUUGUGCAGAAGCAUUUCUUAUGCUGCAGUUGCUGCCCAUGCAGAUCAGACUGGCAGGAGGAAAUUAGCUGCUAUGCUUGUUGAACAUGAACCUCUCUCCUCAAAGCAGGUUCCUCUAUUACUAGGCAUUGGGGAAGAAGAUACAGCCUUGACUAAGGCAACUGAAAGUGGCGAUACUGAUCUUGUUUAUCUUGUUCUCUUUCAUAUAUGGCAGAAGAGACCAGCAUUGGAAUUAUUUGGAAUGAUACAAGCUAGACCUAUUGCACGCGAUCUAUUCAUACGUUAUGCAAGGUGCUAUAAGCAUGAGUUUCUCAAGGAUUUCUUUCUUUCUACUGGUCAACUUCAUGAUGUUGCCUACUUGUUGUGGAAAGAAUCAUGGGAAUUAGCAAAGAAUCCAAUGGCAAGUAGAGGAUCUCCACUUCAUACUCCACGUAUAAAACUCAUUGAAAAAGCUCAAAACCUUUUUGCUGAAACUAAGGAACAUGUUUUUGAGUCCAAGGCUGCUGAAGAACAUGCAAGAUUAUUAAGGAUGCAACAUGAGCUAGAAGUAAGCACAAAGCAACCAAUAUUUGUUGAUUCAAGUAUCAGUGACACAAUCAGGACAUGCAUAGUAUUGGGCAAUCAUAGGGCUGCACUCAGAGUCAAAACAGAAUUCAAGGUUUCAGAGAAAAGAUGGUAUUGGCUCAAAGUUUUUGCCUUGGCAACGAUCAGAGAUUGGGAUGCCUUGGAAAAGUUUUCAAAGGAAAAAAGGCCUCCAGUUGGUUUUAGGCCGUUUGUGGAGGCAUGCAUUGAUGCUGAGGAAAAAGGUGAAGCUGUGAAGUACAUUUCUAAGCUUGCAGAUCCUCGUGAAAAAGCAGAGGCGUAUGCUCGAGUAGGCAUGGCAAAGGAAGCUGCAGAUGCUGCAUCACAGAGUAAAGAUGGGGAGUUGUUGGGGCGUCUGAGAAACACAUUACAAGAUUCAACAGCUUCAUCACUUUUUGAUACUCUCAGGGAUAGACUAUCCUUCCCAGGUGUUUCCUAGUUGUCAUUAUCAUGCAGUGUGAGAGUGUGUGUGUGUGUUUUAUGAGUUGUUUUGCUAUAUUUAUUUCAAUAAAAGGGAAUCUUGAUGUAAAAAUUUGUUGUAUAAACAUAUUAUUUAUUGUAAGUUGAGAUUUUGGGCUUGAGUGUGAUUUGCAAAAUUUUUGUUUGUUUUCUUGAUU